AUGGAAUCACCCACAGCAACAAUCCAGCUCUCCCUCGCCCCCAAGUCCUUCUCCCGCAUGAAGAAAUCCCUCACCACCCAGCUCCAGCACCGCACCAUAAAGCUGCAGCAGCUCUGCGGCCGCUACAACUACGCCGUCAACUACAUGAAAGACGCCAAGGCGAAGCUGCAGAUCAACAACAUCAUGCUCCGCAUCGCCGAGGACGAAUACAAGCGCAAGACCGGAUCGUCGGGCGCGGACUGUGCGGGAGGACGGGCGACGUGCGGGUUUAAUGGCUAUUGCGACAGCCGGCCGGUCUUGGCCCUCGCGGUGCGCAAGCAGAAGGAUAUCUUGUGGGCGAUUGGCCAGACGGAGACACACUUGAGGAGCGUUUGGCAGGCGAUUAUUAUUGUGAGGAAGGAGGUGGAUAGGUUGACACGUACACUAGAGGAUUUAAAGGGGGGGAAGGUGGUGCCGGGCGUUGUCGAGGACGCGGAGCUCGAGGGAGGUGCGGAGGGGCAGUCAUCGGAGGGGGAGAUCGUGGAGGGGAUGGCGCAGCUGUUGGUUGGAGAGAAUGUGGAACUUGCAGAGGGGCCGGCAGAAUUGGAGGCAGAGAUAGUCGAGAAGCAGCCAACUGAAGAGGAGGCGAAGGUUGCAGUGGAGGCGCCAGCUGAAUUGGAGGCAGAGGUAAUCGUAAAGCAGCCAACUGAAGAGGAGGCGAAGGUUGCAAUUGCCGUGGAGGCACCAGCAGAAGUGGAGGCGAAGGUUGUCAAGAAGCAGCCGGCAGUAGAGGAGGAGGAGGAGGAGGAGGCCUGGAAUCUUGUUUAG